UGCGUCGAUGCGCAUGCGCGUUUUGGUGCAUUCGAAAGGAUAUAAAUACAAGCUACGCGAGGCAAACGACGAAAGUUGUCACGCUGCGUCUGUCGCAUGAUGGCGCAACGUGUUGGUUGCUCGCGUGUACCGGUUAUUCUUCUGCUCAGGUUUGCAUUUAUUCACUUAGCAGGUGGCAACGUGUUGACAAGAACCGACAAUUCCAUUCAACCGAACGUGAGUUCGGCGAGUCUGACGAGCCAGGAAUCAUUACCUCUGGACGCGGAGUUUCCAGUUAUUACCGGUUUCCUGGUGGAACUUGUUGGUACGGGUUUAGAUGAUGACCUUGCGCUACGGUGGUCGCUCACCGAAAGAGAAUGCGAUGAGAAAAAACCCCUCCGGGGGAUCUGGAGAACGGAGAAAGGCGAUCGCGCUGUCUACGAAUUUUCCACCAAUUACUCUCCCGAGAUCACCGACAUUUAUUUAUGCUUCAAGACAAUUUCCCCCAAGACUGGCGAACGAUGGAUUAAUCUAGGCAUCAAAUUUGCGCUCAAUUUGACGAAUAAUGAAACUCAAUCGCGUUCGCGUCGUGAAUUUAAUUCAGUUACUAACGACCGAGUUGGUGUAUCAGUGCCAGAGAUUAAAAUCAAUGGGUUCAGAGUAGAAACUGCUGAUCGAGACCCUUCGUUCACAGACGAAGGUAUUCCAGAAAUUCUUGCUCAGGGCAAUGCGGUACUAAGAUUAUUUGGUACUGGUAUUACAAAGGACACCAUUAUUACAUUCACCGAUGUCGCAGCAAAAAGGGGAGCAAUUUGUGACAAGAUUAAAUCUGCGGAAUUUCCAGUUUAUGCAGUAUCAGAUCUAACCGCUCUUGUUAAAGUAGUCCUUCCAUUGGGUUCUCCAUUCUAUAUUUGUGCAAAGCAGUCUGUCUAUGACGGCGAGAAAGAUGACGACUUAAUUCUGUUCAAGCACCAAGGGUUUGAAACAUGGAAUACUAUUCGUACCUACAAAAAAUUGUUGCCAGUUUGGUUGAGCAUUUUCAUCAUCUUAAUGUGUCUAUGUUUCUCAGCUCUGUUUUCUGGUCUCAAUCUUGGUCUUAUGGCAAUGGAUCGAACGGAGCUGAAAAUACUUUGUAACACCGGUACUGAGAAGGAAAAGAAAUAUGCAAGAACGAUUCAACCGGUAAGAGACCAUGGGAAUUAUUUAUUGUGCUCCAUUCUAUUUUCAAAUGUAUUGGUAAAUUCAACGUUUACCAUUUUAUUGGACGAUCUAACAUCUGGACUCGUUGCUGUCAUCUGUUCUACGUUAGCUAUUGUUACAUUCGGCGAAAUUUCACCACAAGCAAUUUGUAGUAGACACGGCCUAUGCGUGGGUGCUAAAACAAUAUACAUAACGAAGCUUACGAUGAUUUUGACUUUUCCACUGAGUUAUCCCAUCAGCAAGAUUUUGGACUAUUUGCUUGGCGAGGAAAUAGGAAACGUGUACAACCGAGAACGUUUAAAGGAACUCGUGAAGGUCACCACUGGAUAUAAUGACUUGGAAAAAGAUGAAGUGAAUAUAAUCGCCGGUGCUUUGGAAUUGAGGAAAAAGACUGUGGCGGACAUAAUGACGCGAAUCGAGGAUGUCUAUAUGCUGGAUUAUAAUGCUAUCUUAGAUUUUGAGACAGUCUCAGAUAUAAUGAAAUCUGGAUUUUCAAGAAUACCAGUAUUCGAGGGCACGAGAAACAAUAUCAUUACGAUGCUCUACAUAAAAGACUUGGCAUUUGUUGAUCCGGAUGAUAACAUGCCGCUGAGAACUCUGUGCCAAUUUUAUCAAAACCCCUGUAAUUUUGUAUUCGAAGACGUUACAUUGGACGUAAUGUUCCAACAGUUUAAAGAAGGUCACAAAGGGCAUAUGGCUUUCGUGCACAGAGUUAAUAACGAGGGCGAAGGAGACCCUUUCUACGAAGUAAUAGGCCUAGUCACUUUGGAAGACGUUAUCGAAGAAUUGAUUCAAGCGGAGAUCAUGGAUGAAACGGACGUUUUCACCGAUAAUAGGAGUAAACGAAAACGGCAAAAAUCAAGAAUGCAGGACUUCACUGCAUUCGCUGAGAAGAAGGAAAAUCAGCGUAUACACAUAUCGCCACAGUUGACACUUGCUAUGUUCCAAUACUUAUCUACCACAGUUGAGGCGUUUAAACCCGACUCGAUAUCUGAAACAAUCCUGCGUCGCUUAUUGAAGCAGGAUAUAAUAUAUCACAUUAAAAUAAAGUCCCGGGAAAAGGCAAGGAACGAUCCGGGCACCAUAAUCUACCAACAAGGCAAGCCGGUCGAUUAUUUUGUUCUAAUAUUGGAAGGCCGGGUAGAAGUUACGGUAGGCAAAGAGAACAUGAUAUUCGAAAGUGGACCGUUUACUUACUUCGGCUCCCAAGCUUUGACUGCAAACAUCGGACUCGCCGAAUCGCCAACAAACGCCAAUCCUCAGUCGAUAGGAAGUAUACAAUCGGUCAAUCUGGAUUCUAUGCUUCGACACACGUUUGUGCCAGACUAUUCGGUAAGAGCGGUGACGGAGGUCUUCUACGUAAAGAUAAAAAGAUCUUUGUACCUUGCCGCAAAACGUGCCACCCUUUUGGAAAGAAGCAAAAAAGAUUCGUUACCAGGCCCGGACCAGUUCGACGACGAGGUCGAAAAGUUACUGCAUUCCUUGGACGAGGACGACCGUAGCGAGCAAGAAUCUCCGACACUUCCAAGAGACAAAGAGAAGCCAAAGGAGAAGGAGACGCUACAAUCUCCGGUUCAUGCUUCCACUACACCGAUUUCUUAUGUACCUGUCAGUGCUAGUCCAAAUACCAAUUCAAAGUUUAUUUCCUCGAGUGGUCCCAAUGGGAAGCUGAAAAACUCGCCAACUAAGGGUCCGGACGUAUUGGCUCCUGUGGAAGGUCAACAGAAGCUCGAUUUAGAUGCGGAAAUCUUCGCCCGUAAAGCAGAAGCCGAGAGACUUUUAUCUGCGGCAAAGUCACAGGUUGACGAGGAGAGGACUAAUUUAUUGCCUAAACAGGAGCACUCUUAACGCUCGGAGCGUGGCCGAUGGAGUCCAAUCCUGCCGGCAGCAGAAAUGACAACGAAAUUAAAGUGCAACGAGGGACAAGAAAAGCCAGCGUGACACAUACUGCGACUGUAGUGCUAAUUUAGUACGUAACAAAUUAGUCACCCGACUGAACAAAGGUAUCGAACAAUAUGGUGCGUAUAAGAAAUCUGGUAUUCCGUCGAAAGGCUGUACCCGGUGAUUAUUACUUUUUUUUUUUAUCUUAAGAUCAGUAACACUGCUCAGGGAGAAGUUGCCAAGAUCCUACAUGCCGGUGAUUAACGAAAUACUCGAUACCAGUUAACGUAAUGGUGAACCGUAUCCCGACAGGUUCAUAUGACUGCUCAUUUAGUUCGUAUACCGUUAAGUGUUGAGUAAGUUAAAACGAAUACGUUAUGACAUUAAUCAUUCGACUCGUACUUCCUGUGACACGGACUCCAUUUAGCGAUAUCUAAUCCGUUUUUAUUCUAUUUUCACUGCCACACAUUUCCUCUGGAUGCCAAGACUUAACUUUUCGUCUCUAUUAAGCGAAGCCAUUGUACUUAUACUCGGAUAGUAACACUAAGUUUCGAUACGUCUUACGAUGCGUCGCAAGGAAAUUCUUUAAAUAGUUAAUUAGUAUGUCGGAAUGCCGGUGGGGUCGUCGGUGACCGGCAAUCAGUCGACGUUAAAAUAGGAAUUUUUCUUUGGCAUUCUACGUGAUUAAUCACUGAAUUAAUCGAACUACUUGGUACUUAGGUGAAGCAAUGCCAAUAGUUACAAAUUUAGAAUAUUUAUGUAUUUACGGGUACAGCAUUUUGACUACGUAAACGGAGGAGAAUAUACAUUAGCUAUAUAGCGAUAAGGUUUAAUCAUCCUUAGAAAACUGUGCGAAAGUGUUGAUCGCUCUCAUUCGGGUGAUUGUGCGACAGAGAUGAAGGACUUUAACGCGCGUGAGGGGAAGAAAGAGAGCAGUACAAACUAUGAAACGUUUUUUUUUUGGGCGCAUCAGUCGAUUCGAGUAGAUCGUUCUCUAAAUGCAGGGGGUUUUUAAGGUCUUUGUUUUCUUUCGUCGCUCUUUAUGUUCAUUGCCGUAGAGUAACUAUUCUACGUAAUAUUUCUAUUCGGUGCCAACCCUUUUAGAAUCACUUUUGACGCUUGAUCGAUAUUAGUUUUCAUACAGUGCCUUAAAGACUGCACUUUGUUGGAAAACAAUGGCGCAUAAUAAGCUUUAAAACUUGAAGAAGUGACAUCUCGUGCUCUUAAUCUUUCCUUAAGAAAAAAAAAAAAUUGGAUCAGUAAUUUUUAAUGCUUCGUGGAGAAAUGUUUAGGUGUGCUUUUUGUGUAAUCGCAUAUCAAGUAGCACGUAGAUAUUGAAAUAUAAAAAAGAAAGGAAUGUAACGUAUUUUUUAUAUUCAGAUUUACCGCUACGGAAGCAACCACGACAGGAGUUUAAGACAUAUCUCGUAUUUCCGGUUGAUGUUUUUUAAUCAGUGAAUAGAACGUUAUUUUCGAGAGAGGAGGUUAUUUUCUUUUUACACACAUAAAUCAUUGUUUUUUACACUCAUGAAUCGUUGACAGACUUUUAAAACGCCCUUCAUGCAGAGGCCGUCAUAGCGGUGAAGUAAUCCGAAGUUGUUUCAAUUUUAUAGCGAUGUUUUUUUUUUCCUUCGCAAGAAAUUAAUAGUUGACUUUCUAAGCAAUGUUCACUGAUGGCGCUUAAAAUAAUACGUAACCAUGUAAGUUUCUUUUUUAACUUACAACGGUCGUGGCACGAAGCGAGUCAUUUCGUACAAUGUGUCCAGUGGUUUUCGGAAUGAUAAAUGCGGUCCUGUCCGUUCUUUCUCGAUUGUGUAAACGUUAAUGGAAUGGCACUCUCAGAUUUUAAAUGUAUUUAAAAAGAAAAAGAAAAUAAUUGUUAUUGUUUUAAAUUUUACUCGUUAUUAUUUAUUAAUAACAUCGAUAUUCAUCGAGACCCGUUGUAAAUGUUGGAAGAAAGAUGAGACUCUCGCAGUCUUAAACUACGUAUUGCAUUCUCUAUAUUCGCUCUUAAAGAUUUCGAAUAAAAUACAUGUUAUGCAGCAUGGAUUGCAUGAGUUAACUUCAGUUAUUAUAUACUAGUACCAAGCGUUUCUUCAGAUUAUACGAUCAUUUUCAAAGGCGAAUCGACAGUCUACGUCUAUAGGGAGUAUAAUCGCAAUAGGAUAACGUAAACUUUAAUAAGUAAACUUAAAUACCGUUCAACGUUACUAAAUCAUGUUUACUAACGACGAAUUGUAAAUUUGUUCACGUAUAUUGUACUUACCGUUCUGUACUUAAUAGUAACAAUGUGAGUGAAGUAAUGUAAUUAAUUAGAGAUAUUUUUAACCGAGCAAACAGUCACGCCUUACGUAUUUACGAGAUAUAAAGUAUCGAUCGUAAUUCGGUGUUACACUUAUUUAUGAAUAAUAUCGUAUAUGAUUAGACGGAGCAGAAAGAGAAGGGACUUUGCAUGAGUGCCUUCGGGUGCUACAUAACUGUCCUUUAAGUAGACUUUAAUUACACUUUUGCGCCUGCAAGUGGAGUUGUACUUUCUCUUUAUACGAAAAACAGAUUAAACAGAAAAAAGAAAAAAAAAACAACGUAUCAGAAUAACGUCA